AUGGCCGGCGGUUUCAUUCAAGGUGGUUCUGUGGAAAAGAACUAUCCAGGAAAGUUAACUUGGAGAGCUUUUAUGACCUGUUUUGUAGCUGCAUUUGGUGGGUUGAUAUUUGGCUAUGAUCUUGGUAUCUCAGGUGGCGUGACUUCUAUGGAUUCUUUUCUGGAGAAGUUUUUUCCAAAAGUGUAUCAAAAGGAGAAUAACAUAAAACCCUCCGACAAUCAAUACUGUACAUUCAACAAUCAAACAUUGACGUUGUUUACAUCGUCUUUAUACUUGGCUGCCUUGGUUGCGUCAUGGUUUGCAUCUUCCAUCACUCGACUUUUUGGGAGACGCCCUACCAUGAUUAUUGGAGGUGUGCUAUUUCUUAUAGGUGCUGGAUUCAAUGCUUUUGCACAACAUGUUUGGAUGCUCAUCGUUGGUCGCAUGUUACUCGGUUUCGGAAUUGGAUGUGCCAAUCAGUCGGUUCCAAUAUAUGUGUCCGAGGUUGCUCCUUACAAAUAUAGAGGAGCACUUAACAUGAUGUUUCAAUUGGCAAUUACUAUUGGAAUUUUUGUAGCUAAUGUUCUCAACUACAUUUUUGCUAAGAUGGAGAAUGGAGAAGGGUGGCGUUAUAGCUUAGGCUUUGCAGCCGUCCCUGCUGUCAUGAUUAUCUUUGGUGCAUGUUUUCUUCCAGAUUCACCAAGUUCUUUGAUCGAGCGUGGUCUUGAUGAAAAGGCCAAAACUGAGCUUAUCAAGAUUCGAGGAACUACAGAUGUAGAUGAGGAAUUUAAGGAUCUUGUGACAGCAAGCGAAUCCUCUAAAAAAGUGAAACAUCCUUGGCUUUCUUUAUUAAAGAGACAAUAUAGGCCUCAACUCACAUUUGCUAUUGCCAUUCCGUUCUUCCAGCAACUUACUGGCAUGAAUGUGAUAGUGUUUUAUGCUCCUGUUUUGUUUAAAACCAUCGGUUUUGGAGCCAAUGCUUCACUUAUGUCUGCCAUGAUCACGGGAGGCUGCAAUGCAAUUGCCACUCUUGUCUCCAUAUUCACCGUUGAUAAGUUUGGAAGACGAACUCUUUUCUUGGAAGGAGGGAUACAAAUGUGCUUUUGUCAGGUUAUGAUAAUGUUUGCAAUUUUAUGGAAAUUUGGAGUUAAAGGAAACCCAGGAAUUUUGCCAGAGUGGUACGCUAUCAUGGUUGUAUGUGGCAUAUGUGUGUAUGUGGCAGGAUUUGCAUGGUCUUGGGGUCCUCUAGGAUGGUUGGUUCCAAGUGAGAUUUUCCCUCUUGAAGUGCGUUCGGCUGCACAAAGUAUCAAUGUCUCAGUGAACAUGAUAUUUACCUUUAUCAUUGCCCAAAUUUUCACCACAAUGCUUUGUCACAUGAAAUUUGGAUUGUUCAUCUUCUUUGCAUUUUUUGUUGCGGUAAUGAGCAUCUUCAUUUUCUAUCUUUUGCCUGAGACUAAAGGAGUUCCCAUAGAAGAAAUGCAUGUUGUGUGGCAGAGUCAUCCUUUUUGGAAGAAGUUCGUCAAACCAAUUGAUGCGGGUCCUAAUCGUGAAGAAUGUUAG